ACGCCUCUCUUAGGUCGGGCCCGCCCCUCGGGGCUAGUACUGCCUCUUCCGCGUUCUCGGGGGAGCGUUCUGUAGGUGGAGUGCGAGCGACGUAUUCCGCCAGGAGUCAGCUGAGGUUUUCAUGCCAGAUAUGAUGAAGCAGAGGCCGAUGGAGAACUGAAUAAUGUCUGCUGUGCACAGAGGCCAUUGAAACCUUUCCUGUAGCUGGAAAACAGCAGCCCCCUGACAGAAGCAUUAUUGCAUUUGAAGUUUCAAGUUGACAGAGGAUUCGCUUCACAGAGUUGGGCAGACCUAUAGUUUCAAAAACAACUCUCCUUCAACAAGUUCUGUUUCCAAGGAAAGUCUUAACCAUCUGUCCCUUCUGGCAUACCCUCUUCCAUUGGAAUCCAUGCAGAAUAGACCAGAGAUGGGUAGCAGUGAACCCGUUCCCAUUGCAGAAAGUGACAAGAGGAAGAAGAAGAAGCGGAAGGCCCGGGCCACUGAUUCCUUGCCAGGAAAGUUUGAAGAUGUGUACAAGCUGACCUCUGAACUGCUGGGAGAGGGAGCCAAUGCCAAAGUUCAAGUUGCCGUGAGCCUGCAGAAUGGCAACGAGUAUGCUGUCAAAAUCAUCGAAAAACACGCAGGGCACAGUCGGAGCAGGGUAUUUCGGGAGGUGGAGACGCUCUAUCAGUGUCAAGGAAACAAGCACAUUUUGGAGCUGAUUGAGUUCUUUGAAGACGACACAAGGUUUUACUUGGUCUUUGAGAAACUGCAAGGAGGCUCCAUCCUGGCCCACAUCCAGAAGCAGAAGCACUUCAAUGAGCGAGAAGCCAGCCGAGUGGUGCGGGAUGUCGCCGCCGCCCUUGACUUCCUGCACACCAAGGGCAUUGCUCAUCGUGAUCUGAAGCCAGAAAAUAUACUUUGUGAAUCUCCAGAAAAGGUGUCCCCGGUGAAGAUCUGUGACUUUGACUUGGGCAGUGGGGUGAAACUGAACAACUCCUGCACCCCCAUAACCACACCAGAGCUGACUACUCCAUGCGGCUCUGCAGAAUACAUGGCCCCCGAGGUGGUGGAGGUCUUCACGGACGAGGCCACUUUUUAUGACAAGCGCUGUGACCUGUGGAGCCUGGGCGUGGUCCUCUACAUCAUGCUGAGUGGCUACCCGCCCUUUGUGGGUCACUGUGGGGCCGACUGUGGCUGGGACCGAGGAGAGGUCUGCACAGUGUGCCAGAACAAGCUGUUUGAGAGCAUCCAGAAAGGCAAGUAUGAGUUUCCUGACAAGGACUGGGCUCACAUCUCCAGUGGGGCCAAAGACCUCAUCUCCAAGCUCCUGGUCCGAGAUGCGAAGCAGAGACUGAGCGCUGCCCAAGUUCUGCAGCACCCAUGGGUGCAGGGGCAAGCUCCAGAAAGGGGACUCCCCACGCCGCAAGUCCUCCAGAGGAAUAGCAGCACAAUGGACCUGACGCUCUUCGCAGCCGAGGCCAUCGCCCUUAACCGCCAGCUGUCUCAGCACGAGGAGAACGAGCAGAACAAGCUGGCCCAGGAGUCUGAGGCGCUUUCUGAGGGCCUCUGCUCUGUGAAGCUCUCCCCUCCCUCCAAGUCUCGCCUGGCCCGACGGAGGGCGCUGGCCCAGGCAGGUCGCAGCGGAGACGCGCCGCCCAGCCCAACACCCACAAUGCCAGCGCCCUGACCCACUCUGGAUCCCAGGCCUGUCCAGGCCCUGCCACCCUGGAAACCUGUGAGAGGCCUGCUGUGCAGCUCCAUCCAGGCCUUUUCCUUCACGAAGGCUCUCAUCCUCCUGUCCCCAGAGUCCUCAAGGAAAAAGCUUUUUCCAAAGGUGGGGGGGAGGGUCGUCUUUGAAAAGGAAAGCAAUCACUUGUCACUUUGCAUAAUGGCCUGCGGCAGGGACGUCUCUUUACUGGGCUCCUGCCCACCUGCUCACGUGCCCCUGGAUGGAGGAUCCAGCCCACUCUCACCGCCAGGCAGCUGUAGGGCUGGGGCUGCGGCCUUCAGGGAGCCAGCCUUGAGAAGCGCCCAUUGACAGAGGCUCUUCCCUCUCGCCACACUGUCACCCCCUCUGGCGGUCCUUCCACCUUCCUGUGUCCUCCAGACGUCCUCCCCCGUGGCUAAGCGAAGCCAUCCCCUCAAUUCAGGAAGCCAGAUCAGCCUUCCAGUCGAUGGCGCAGAGAAGCACAUAAUCUUUCUUUGCCGUGACCGAGAUGUGUCCCUCAUUUAUCAUCCUCUUCCUUGUUUGGGAUUGCUGCUAAAGUCAGUAUUAUUUUGUUUUUAAAGAUGCAUUUUUUGUUUGUUUGUUUUUAACCACACUCUUCCAGCAGAGAUGAGACUUUUAACUCCCCCUAUGAGCCCAUGGACUUUCCAGAGCUCUUAGGGCUCACACUUCUCUCCUGAAUGUCCAUGCAUCUGGAAGAUGUUAAUCAGCUAUUUCUGUUACUCUUAACUGGUUUUAAGCUGUUCAGAUAAUGAGUGACUUAGAGACCAGUGUGUCUGCUGCUUCCUCCCUCGGGCCUGUUGCAGAAGGCAGUGCAGGUCUGGGGCAGUGAAGGAGCGCUGUGCCUGAUGUGGUGCGAGUCUGGAGGCUGCCCGGUCCCCCGGGUUGGAGCCAUGUGGUGUCCGCUGCUGGUGAGCACAGGGGCAUAUCCAGCAUCAGAUAGCUGAGCCGCUUAGUCACCCGAGAAAAUCGACUUGCAUAUGUCAGAUGUUUAUACGGUGCAAGGACACAUUGCACUUAUUUUAAUAAAACUGUUUUCAAUUC